UUUUUUCUCUUGUUGGAGUCUUCGCCCUUUCUCCCAGCCGUUUUUUCCCUCUCUGAAACAGUAAAUGGCGGCCGCCGCCGGAGAAAACAUGUCGCGCGAGCAAUACCUGUACAUGGCCAAGCUCGCCGAACAAGCCAAGCGCUACGAGGAGAUGGUGCAGUUCAUGGACAAGUUGGUUCUUAGCUCGACUCGAGCCGCCGAACUGACAAUCGAAGAGCGCAACCUUCUCUCUGUGGCCUACAAAAACGUCAUCGGCUCGCUCCGUGUCGCGUGGCGCAUCGUCUCCUCUAUCGAGCAGAAGGAGGAGUCUCGGAAGAAUGAGGAGAACGUCUCCCUCAUUAGGGACUACCGAGGCAAGGUCGAGGCUGAACUCUCCCAGGUCUGUGCCGGGAUCCUCAAUCUUCUUCAGUCCAACCUUGUUCCUUCUGCGAGUACCAGCGAAUCCAAGGUGUUUUACCUCAAGAUGAAGGGCGAUUACCACCGCUACCUCGUCGAGUUCAAGGUUGGGGACGAGCGGAAGCAGGCCGCUGAUGAUACUAUGAACUCUUAUAAGGCUGCUCAGGAAAUUGCUCUGGUUGACCUUUCUUCAACACAUCCUAUAAGGCUUGGUCUAGCCUUGAAUUUCUCAGUUUUCUACUAUGAGAUCCUCAACUCGUCAGACAAGGCACGUGUCAUGGCAAAACAGGCAUUUGAGGAAGCAAUAGCUGAGUUAGAUACGUUGGGAGAGGAGUCGUACAAGGACAUCACCCUCAUAAUGCAACUCCUACGGGACAAUCUCACCCUCUGGACUUCAGAUGCUCAGGAUCAGUUGGACGACUCUUGAAUCAGUUUGGGUUGUGGGCUGAAUGUCAUGCAUGACCCCUUGCUAUUUGUGUAUUUUCUUCAACUCUUUGCUUGCUGUGCAAGUUGCUAUCUUUACUUUUAUUGGUUAGUAAU